GUUGUAUUUUAGUAAUACCGAUGAGUGAUGAUAGGAUGAUUAAAAGUAAUGUCAAGUUUUUGACAUAAUUUUUUAAGUGAAUUUAUACAUUUUAUUUAAUAAGUAAUUAUAUUUAUUUAGGAUAAGUUUUGGGUGUUUGAUUCUACUGAUUACGUUGCUGCUGGAUACAAUCACACUGAAAUUACCAACAUGAACGCUUCAGAUCACGGGUUCAAUCCCGGUUUAAAUAUGGCCACGAUAAAACAAGCCAUCAAUGAAACUAUUGAAAGAGUGCGUAUGCCAACACCGAUGCGACUGCGUGAUUUAAUACGUCAAAUACGUGCAGCUAGAACUGCAGCCGAAGAACGUACAGUUGUUAAUAAAGAAUGUGCUUAUAUUCGAUCCACAUUUCGUGAAGAAGAUUCAGUAUGGAGGUGUCGUAACAUUGCCAAGCUACUGUAUAUUCAUAUGUUGGGAUAUCCAGCUCAUUUUGGUCAGUUAGAAUGUCUCAAGUUGAUCGCUUCAUCACGAUUUACAGAUAAACGUAUUGGAUAUUUAGGUGCCAUGUUAUUAUUAGAUGAACGGCAAGAUGUUCAUUUGUUAAUUACAAAUUGUUUAAAAAAUGAUUUAAAUAGUCCAACACAAUUUGUUGUUGGAUUAGCACUAUGUACAUUAGGUGCUAUUGCAUCGCCAGAAAUGGCUCGUGAUUUAGCUGCAGAAGUAGAACGAUUAAUGAAAUCACCAAAUGGUUAUAUACGGAAAAAAGCAGCGUUAUGUGCAUUUCGUAUAAUCAAACGUGUACCCGAAUUAAUGGAAAUAUUCCUUCCAGCAGCACGAUCUUUACUUACUGAUAAAACACAUGGUGUUUUAAUUACUGGUGUUACUCUUAUUACGGAAAUGUGUGAUGCAAGUCCUGAUACAUUAAAUCAUUUUAAAAAGAUUGUUCCUAAUUUGGUGCGAAUAAUGAAAAAUUUAGUAUUGGCCGGUUAUUCACCAGAACAUGAUGUGUCUGGUGUAAGCGAUCCAUUUUUACAGGUUAAAAUAUUAAGAUUAUUACGAGUAUUAGGCAGAAAUGAUGCAGAUGCAUCAGAAGCCAUGAAUGAUAUAUUAGCACAGGUUGCAACAAACACUGAAACCAGUAAAAAUGUAGGUAACACUAUACUUUACGAAACAGUAUUGUCAAUUAUGGAUAUCAAAUCUGAAAGUGGACUUAGGGUAUUGGCCGUAAAUAUACUUGGACGUUUUCUAUUAAAUAACGAUAAAAAUAUUCGAUAUGUGGCAUUAAAUACUUUAUUAAAAACAGUUUAUAUCGAUACAUCAGCUGUACAAAGACAUCGAUCAACAAUAUUAGAAUGUUUAAAAGAUCCAGAUGUAUCAAUACGAAAACGUGCAAUGGAUUUAAGUUUUGCACUUGUAAAUACACAAAAUAUUAGAAUUAUUAUGAAGGAAUUAUUAGUUUUUUUAGAAAGGGCUGAUCCUGAUUUUAAAGCACAAUGUUCAUCCAAUAUUGUUUUAUCAGCUGAACGAUUCUCACCAAAUAAAAAAUGGCAUUUAGAUACAUUAUUAAAAGUAUUAGUUGCUGCAGGAAAUUAUGUUCGAGAUGAUGUUAUUUCAUCGACGAUACAGUUAAUAUCAGAAACAACUGCGUUGCAACCAUAUAUCGUGGGACAAUUGUGGAAUGCCUUAGCUGCAGAUCAAGCAGAUAAACAACCGUUGACCCAGGUAGCUGCAUGGGCAAUUGGUGAAUAUGGUGAUUGUUUAUUAGAAGCAAAUGCUUUAGAUGGUGAUACAGUACGACCUAGUGAAUUAGAAGUCAUUGAUGUUUAUCAAAAAUUAUUAUGGUCUCCACAACAUUCUAUUGUUACCAAACAAUAUGCUUUAAUGUCAUUGACUAAACUUAGUACGAGAUUCACUACAGUUAACGAUAAAAUACAACAAAUUAUCAGUUCAUUUGGUUGUUCAUUACAUAUCGAACUUCAACAACGUGGUGUUGAGUUCACACAAUUGUUUGGUAAACAUGCAACAUUACGGCCAGCAUUAUUAGAACGUAUGCCACCAAUGGAAGUCACUAGAAGACCGUCCGAUACUGUGGAACCAGUUGGUGAUGUUGAAGAGGAAUCAUCACAGCCAGAAAGUCCGAUUAGAACUAACACACAAACGUCUGAUUCGAAUGCGUUAUUAGAUUUAUUAGGUACAGAUACAUCAGAAUUUACUAGUUCUCAUGUUGAUAAAGUAUCUAGUCAAGCAAUCAGUUCAAGUAAUACACAAGACUUAUUGGAUUUACUUGGUGGUUUGGACAUAUCAUCAUCAGCUGGACCUCCACCAUUAACUACACCAUCAUUAACUACAAUUACAACAACAAGUGAUAAUAAUUUAGGACUUAUGAAUAAUAUUACAAAUAAUAAUAAUACAACAUUAUUUAAUAAUACAACUAAUUCCAAUUUCUUAAUGGAUGGUAUAUUUAAUUCAGCGCAACAGCAACAGCAGUCCAGUCCAAUACCAAAUGAUUUACCUACGAUAACAGCAUUUGAAAAGUCUGGUUUAAAAAUAGUAUUUAGUCUUGAAAAGACAGCUGAACCUGAUACUGUACUAGUAAAUAUGGCAGCAUUUAAUAGUACAUUAGAACCAAUGACUGAUUUUUUGUUCCAAGCUGCUGUACCUAAGGCAUUCCAACUUCAAAUGAUGUCUCCGUCUAGUGUUGUAGUUAUUCCAAAUGGACAUUUAACUCAAGUAAUGAGAGUCACUAAUCCAAAUAAGUCUGCCUUACGAAUGCGUAUUCGAUUAUCGUAUACAGUGAAUGGUGCACAAGUUCAAGAACAAGCUGAAGUAAAUAAUUUUCCAACGGAUACGUGGAAUUAAAACAACAAACAAACA